AUGGAUACCUCAAGAGACAUCACAGACACAACGCGCCGUCCACAACACCUUUCAUCUCGGAUAUCAGCAGAGUGGAGUGGAGCCACCGGUGGGCCUCCAGCGGAAGUUAUCUUGCGGCUUCAUCCCACGCCGGUCACAACAUAUCCAGCGCCACAAAUCACAGGCAACUUAUCCAUUACAGAAUUGGACGGCAGCGCCAUUGUAGUUCGCGCAGAAGAAGCGUUAAUAGUAGCAUUCGUUCUUUUACUUUGGGUGGCAGCGAUCGCUCUCUUCUUCAACCGCUGGGGCAAGAUCAGAAUGCUAGAACCUUAUCAACCUAAGUUUCAACAACAACAUCGGCAAAGCUGUGUACUCGCCGAAAACGCUAUAACCGUACCGCCACUGCAUAGAGCAUCACUGUCGAGAGGCUGUGUGUCAUAUGACUGUGGUGGAGCCUUUUCCGCUUAUCAGCCCUGUGGUUACCUUGCCCAUCGGCCAAGACAGGUAUGUUUGCGGAUUAUUACACAAUAG